CAUCGCUCCAUGUCAUCUCUGUGAUUUAGUUCAAUAGCCUCGUUGGCCAGCAGAGUAACUGGAUCGAGGUGGGAGCAGAAUCUGAGUGGGCUGUUGCUGCUGGAGUCCGAGGAUGGAGGUGGCGGUGGACGCGUAUCUGGCCGUGCCCUUGCUCUUCACCCUGCUGGCCGUCUUGGUUGCCUCUUUGUAUCUGAAAUUCAGAGCUUCGGAUGCGAGCGCCAAGGAUGAGGCGGCGAGUUCCAAAGUUGACGAGACCAACGCCGAAGAAAAGCCUAAAAGCGAGACGGAGGAUGAGAGGAAGCCCGAGGGCGUGAGCGAGGAGCCGGGGGUCGGGGAGCCGGAGCCAACCAAGGCGAAGCCGACGGUGGAGGAGGUCGGCGCGGCGGACGGAGAGCGGGAGCCUGCGCCUCCCCAGGAGAGGGGGAGCCAAGUAAAGCAAGAGCCCACUCGCCCGGAGGAGAAACUUAAGGAAGAUGAAGAGGGGGUUGAAAGUACUAAAAAAUCUUCUGAAGAUGGAGCAGAGGUUGAAAGCACCAAACCAUCUCUUCCUGAUGUCACUGAUGACCUAGUUGAUGAGUAUCGUCCAGGCAAGAUUCAACGCAGCAACUAUGAAAAAUCAUUGACUAAAGAACAACUGGAGGAAGAACAACGGGUUGAGUUAACCCUGACCUCACCUCCGUGUAGGUUCUAGGCCCGAUGACACUUUGUGUAACCAUGUUUUGGAUUCAGCAAGAACAACUGGCUGCCAUCUUCAAGUUAAUGAAAGAACGGAAGGAAGUUUUCGGUGACAUGUCAGAAGCCGAUAUGGAGGAACAACUCAAACUUUAUUCUCUUUAGGCUGCAACUCCUUGAAGAUUACUUAAUGUAGGGCUACAAUUGCCAAGGCAAAACAAUGUUACUUGCAAGUGACUUAAAAUUUAAGUAUUAGUAAAUAGUUUGGCAACUACAUAGUUGAUAUCCAAAUGUUUGUUCUUGAUUAUUUUCCUGCAAGUUUCCUAGUGACAUAACUGGAGACCUUGUAAAUAUUGGUUAAUUUUGGUUCAUUUGUUGUCUAUACAAAGUGUUGAUGCUCAUGUAAGAUAGUGAAAUCAUUUUGCUGUUUCUCUGCGGUACUAUCUAUAAUACUAGAUUAUAACUUGUGAAUUUUGGUAAACUAGGUGUCUAACUCUCUUGUAACCCACAGUUUAUAUAGGUAUUGACAACUAAAGUAUCAGUAUGAUUUAGUGACAAAAAACAUGCUAAUUGCAAUUAAAUUUAAUCUUUAAAUCUA